AGGUGAGGGGCUCACGGGCCUUUCUAGACGCUCCGGAAUCCAUGCGGGAGCGGGAGCCGCGGCCGGGUGGGUCUCAGACCUGAGAAGAACCCGGACGUCUCGCCCGGCGUCUGUAAGUGGCUGUCUGGCGCUGGACUACAUUUCCCGGCAGCCCUUGCGGCGCUUCCCGCCAGCGCCCCCUUUCCGCGCCCAGCGUCUUAGCCCGGAUGCAUGGACCCUUUAGGUGGGUGUGGAGGGCCCCCGACUCCUGAAAUUGCGGAUGUUUUUGCAUUCAUUCGUAUGUGAGCUUUUUUUUCCCCCUUAAAUCUAGUACAGAGUCUUGUUUCAUGAGGUUCUCAAAGUGUUGCAAGAUCACAAAAGAUUUGGAACCACUAGUUUAUAAGCAGAGACUUAUCCAUGGUAAUAUUUUAGACCAUUUUGUUCAAAUUCUAUGUCUAACAAUGCGGAAACAGUUGAGUAAAUCACAGGCCACCUUGUGUAAAUAGGAUAUCGUACAGUUAAUACAAAUAGUGCUUAUAAAAGUGGGUCGUAAUGAGAAAAAGCUGGCUAUUACAUCAUAUCAAGCAACAUUCAUACUUAUUUCAUUUACACAUUACUUAGAACUAAAUGGUUAUAAUGUGACAGGUACUGUUCUACACUCUUUUACAAAAUACUACUCAUUUAAUGAUGAACUCAAGAAGUGGUUAAGUGUUAAUACUCUAAAUAUUUGGAUGUUUUCUAUUCCAGUGUUUUGUUUUGUUUUGUUUUGAGCCUGUGUGUCAGUGGGUGAGUGUUUUGAAUUCUUUUUGCUGAAUGGCCUCUUAUGGUAUAGAAGAUCUCAUUGUGACUUUCUUUGUUAAUGUUGUCCAACAUCAUUUGUGAUAGUUGCUUGAUGUUCCAUUAUAUGGCUGUGCCAAAAAUGAUUCAGCCACUUGCCUACUUGUGGACUUGCCUACUUAUGUACCAGUUUUCAAUUCUAUUCUUCAGUAAAUAUUAUGCAUGCAGCUUUGUGCAUUGCUGUGUUUCUAUGGAAGGGCACAUUUAUGUGUUGAUGAUAGAGUGCUGAGCCUGCUCCAUUUAAUUUAUCUUAUUGUCUCUUUCUACGCCACCCCAUUUGUUGACUCAAGGCAAGUCCCAUGAAUAGCUGUCCACGAAGCCUCAGAUUGGGCUACGGAUUUCUUUGUAAAUUUGGAAGUUGGGAGAAGAGCCAGAUAGACUUCUGAAGGUGUUGAAUUUGAUGCAUAAGAGAGGUUCCAUGUGGGUCCCAGGCACUGGACCAGGCCUGAGCAUCCCUGUCUCACGUUUACAUCAGUAAGGCAGAACCUCUUGGUAUUUGGGGGGAAUUGGAGGGAAGGAACCACAGGUGCCUUGUCUCUUUGCAGCAGUCAAACCUGAUUUCCUGAGUUUGGGUGAGGAUCACCAUUUUUCUCAACUCUAUUUUUUAUGGUGGGUGGAGGGCAAGAAGGUGGGGACUUGUAACCUUGGCAUACUUGGAGCUGUGAGGCAAGCCUAGCCUCUCAUGUUUGUUCUUUCCUCCCCCAGCUCUGCCAUCUCAGGACUCUGCCCUUCCGCAAGAGAGGAACCAGGAGAAGGACCCAUCAACCCUUGAAAUUCUAAAAUCAUGUCCUUUGGGUCAGAAUUGUUCAGAGAUGUGGCCAUAGUCUUCUCCCAAGAAGAAUGGCAGUGGCUGGCACCUGCUCAAAGGGAUCUGUACAGAGAUGUGAUGUUAGAGACCUAUAGCAACCUGGUCUCACUGGGUCUUGCCAUUUCCAAACCUGAUGUGAUCUCCUUCUUGGAGCAAGGCAAAGAGCCUUGGAUCGUGGAGAGGGUGGCCACAGGAGACCUGUGCCCAGUAUUAGAAUCUGGAUAUGAUACCAAGGUAUUAUCUCCUAAGCAUCAUGUUUAUCAAGUUGAAUCACCCCAAUGGGAGAUAAUGGAAAGCCUUACAAGUUAUGGUCUUGAGUGCUCGAGUUGCCAAGAUGAUUGGGAAUGCAGAAGACAGUUUGACAGACAACAGGGAAAUCCAGACCGACAGUUCAGUCAAAUGAUCAUCAGUCAUGAAGAAAUUCCCACUUUCAACCAGCAAGCAUCCCUUACUUUUUACCAGAAAAUUCAUACUGGAGAAAAAUCCUAUGUAUACAAUAAAUGUAAAAAAGACUUCUGGCAAAAAGAAUUCCUUAUUAAUCAUCAAGGAAUUCAUACUAAUGAGAAACCCUACAAAUGUAAAGAAUGUGGGAAGGCCUUUAAAUAUGGCUCACGAUUAAUUCAACAUGAGAAUAUUCAUUCUGGCAAGAAACCCUACAAAUGUAAGGAAUGUGGAAAGGCCUUCAAUUCUGGUUCAAAUUUCAUACAACAUCAGAGAGUUCAUACUGGUGAGAAACCUUAUGAAUGUAAGGAUUGUACGAAGGCCUUCAGUCGAAGCUCACAAUUGAUUGAACAUCAACGAAUUCAUACUGGUGAGAAACCUUAUCAGUGUAAGGAAUGUAGCAAGGCCUUCAAUCGGAUUUCACAUCUUAAAGUACAUUAUAGAAUUCAUACUGGUGAAAAGCCCUAUGCAUGUAAGGAAUGUGGGAAAACCUUUAGUCAUCGGUCUCAGUUGAUUCAGCAUCAGACUAUUCAUACUGGCAAGAAACUCUAUGAAUGUAAGGAGUGUGGGAAAGCCUUUAAUCAAGGGUCAACUCUGAUUCGACAUCAGAGAAUUCAUACUGGUGAGAAACCCUAUGAAUGUAAGGUAUGUGGGAAGGCCUUUAGAGUGAGCUCACAACUUAGGCAACAUCAGAGAAUUCACACUGGAGAGAAACCCUACCAAUGUAAGGUGUGUGGGAGGGCUUUCAAACGGGUCUCACAUCUUACUGUACAUUACAGAAUUCAUACAGGUGAAAAACCAUAUGAAUGUAAGGAAUGUGGGAAGGCAUUUAGUCAUUGCUCACAAGUGAUUCAACAUCAAGUAAUUCAUACUGAGGAAAAGCCCUUUGAAUAUAAAGAAUGUGGGAGGACCUUAAGUCAUAAUUCAACUACUGUUCAACAUCAGAAAAUGCAUAACAGAGAAAGACAUGUGAAUAUAAGAAAUGUAGAAAAGCCUUCAAUCAGCACUUAUCCCUUAUUAAUCAUCAGAGAAUUUAUGCUGGCAAGCAACCAUAUGAAUGGAAGUAAUGGGGAAAGCCCAUUAGUUUAGGCUAAUCACAACUUAUUAUUGCCUCUUGGAGGAAGACUGAAGAAUGUAAUCCAAGUGAGAAUGCCUUCAUUUAGAGCUUAUCCUUUGUCCUAUGUCAUAAAAUCCAUAGCAAAGAGAAAUUUUAUGGAUGCAAAUUGUUUAGAUCAUGAUUGUCAAAGAAGCAGGGAAAGGUUGGAAAAAAUUUUGUCUCUAACACAUUCCAGAAUCACAUUUUCUAAUCACAGUGUAAUAAUUUUAACAAUAGUUAAAAGUUUUAGUUUUCUUGGAAAUUAAAAAAACACAACAAAAAAAACCACACAGCCAAAUUAUUCUUAGAUUAAAACAAGGAGGCCGGGCGCGGUGGCUCACGCCUGUAAUCCUAGCACUCUGGGAGGCCGAGGUGGGCGGAU